UUCUCGAUCUGUUUUUUCGGACUAAAAACAUUAUACUGAGUUCAUUUCAAAUCAAUAAACGCUCAUGCAUUAUUAUUUCAUUUCAUUUAUUUAUCUUUGCGCGUUGCACGUAAUUAAAUUACUUAUCUAAAUUUACCUACUCACGGAAACCCCACGCGCCUGGAGCUUUGGGAUACAUACCUACCCGUUUCGCAAACAAUUUCAUUACAUAAAGCCAUAAAAUUAUCUCGAAAUUUAAAUAACGUGAAGAAAAGUUCGGUAUGGUGCGCACGUGUUGCGGAACAAAGUGGAGGCAGCGUCCUUUGACUGAAACAUUGCGUGGGUGUGCAGACAUUCGAGCUUUUGGAAAAUUAACGUCAACUUAUAAAAUUGCGUCCGGAAUUGCUGCUCUGGAAGAUUUACGAGACAACAUCGAUGAAUUGGAUGGAAAGUCUGGAAUUGACGAAACCGAUCUUAUUUUCCUCAAAGGGUUGAUGGACAGUCCUGUAAUGCAAAGACUAGUUAAAGUACAGGAUCGAUUAGAAGACCAUCCAAAGUUAUCUAAGCCGGUGUGUUUGGGCAACAUAGCUCUUGUCAAAGAAUUAACUUUACGUUGUAAUCGAUCGAAACUACGAGAGGCUCGAGAAUUGGCCAGACUUUUAUCGAAACCACACUUUCAAGCUCUAAUUAAUACACACGAUCAGAUAGGAGAGGGAAAAGGAGAAUAUCGAGAACCGCAAAUUGAUCACAUAUUUCCGGAAAUUAACGGAAUGCCUUCAGAAACGAUACGCAUGGUGGGCAUACGUCGAAAGUACGACGAACCCCUUGGACUUACGGUCGAAGUUGACGGAGCAGGAAAUCUCGUCAUUGCAAGGAUACUGGGAGGCGGCUCAAUUGACAAGCAGGGAUUGCUUCAUGUGGGCGACAUCAUUUUGGAAGUCAACGGAGCCGUCGUCUACACACCUGAAGAUCUCCAAACCGAAAUCGCUCGUGCAAAGGAGUCUGUUACGCUGAAGAUUAGUCCGAGAGAAUCGGUCGAGACUUCCGGAACACAUGCUGCCCAGGUAACCGCAGGAACCACACUUGGUGGUAAACAAAAAAAGUUAACGUGCUACAUGCGUGCUUUGUUUGAGUACGAUCCCCAAGAAGAUACUCUUCUUCCAUGCAAAGAGAUAGGACUCAAAUUUGACCGCGGAGACAUUUUGCAAAUCGUGGACCAGAAAGAUCCAAAUUGGUGGCAGGCCAAGCGAUAUGGAUUGGACGGGCCGGCGGGUCUGAUACCCUCUCCAGAAUUGGAAGAGCGUAGAAAAGCUUUCGUCGUUCCAGAAGCAGAUUUCGUUCACAAAAUUGGAAUAUGCGGCGCACGGAUCGCCAAACGCAAAAAGAAGUAUCUCUACAAAUCGAAAAGCAGUAGCGACUUCGACAAGGCCGAACUGCUAUUAUACGAGGAAGUCACGCGCAUGCCUCCUUUCAAGCGAAAGACGUUGGUGUUGAUAGGCACUCAGGGCGUGGGAAGGCGAACUCUUAAAAAUCGUUUAAUAAACAGCGAUCCCGAGAAGUUUGGCACGAUUUGUCCAUGGACAUCGCGACCUCCUCGCGUCUUAGAAGAAAAUGGGCAAACGUAUUGGUUUGCCGAGAGGAGCGAAAUGGAGGACGAAAUUAAAAACCACAAAUUUUUGGAACAUGGCGAAUAUAAUGGUCAUUUAUAUGGAACGCACUUAGACACAAUUCGAGAGAUCAUUAAGCAGGGGAAAAUGUGCAUUUUGGACUGCAGUCCUCAAGCGCUAAAACUGCUACGAAAUAGUACCGACUUCCUACCAUACGUAAUUUUUAUAGCCGCACCUGGAAUGGAGCAAUUGAAGGACUUGUAUGAUGUCUCUAGGAGUACUGGAAAUUUAAGAGCUUCCAAUCGAAAUCUAUCGUUUGACCGCCAGAGCUCAAUUCGAUACAGUUCCAGAAGGGCGCGAACUUUAGAAUCUUUAGCGUCUUUGUAUGAGGAAGAAGAUCUCAAGAGAACUUUAGAGGAUAGUGCAAGCAUGCAACGCACAUUUGACCAGUAUAUUGAUUUAGUCAUCACUAACAACGACUUUGAUUCCACGUUUAGAAAAAUCAUAGAAGCGUUAGAGUCAUUAGCAACUGAACAUCAGUGGGUGCCUGUGAAUUGGAUUUAUUGAGUUAAUUAAGCAGUGAAGUUCUGCCUAUGCUAAUAGCAGUAUUCCAUUACGUAGGUACUUCAGUUUGCAAUGCAAUCAAUAAGGGGUGUAUUCAAAAUUUGAGGCAAUUUCAUUAAGUAAAUGCUCAUUCUGAAAUAGUACUAAGUAUUUGUAUGUAACUGCUUCAAGCUGCCGACAUGUGAACAUCGAAUAUUAUAUUUCUCAUUUCAUAUCUUCAAGUUUUUACAGUCUGAUUUAGAGUCUAAGAUAAUCUAAUGUAUAUAAUUUUAAGGCUACUGCCAUAGAAGUGCAGAAGAUAACGCAACCAUGAUAAUCGAAUGUUUUUUGAGUAACACAAUUCUCCUACAUAAGUGCUCUCCACUAUGCCCAGAAAAAUUCUUAAAAUCACAAUCCUGCCUAGCUGUUUUUUAUAAUCCUCUUCCAUACAAUUGCAACGUCUACACUCUACAGCCUACACCAGACAUAACUAACCAUUGCGAAAAAUUGUCUAAUCUCUUACAUGACGACUAGGCCUAAUUCUAAUGAAACCUGCAAAGUAUCCAUGUGAUAACACUUUAAUCUAAGUUAUUAGAGAUUUUAUUGAAUAUAUCUAAGGUACCUACUUAAUAUAAAUCACCAAAAAACACACACGUCUUGAGGAAGCUUUUUUUACACUCUUUUGCAUCACCUUUGCGUCAAUUAAUUGUUAUAGAAUUAAAUCAAUUUGCAAAUGCAAAUAAGAAUGCGAGUAAAAACGUACUAAAAUUGUAUAGGUAGAGAUAUUUUAUUUUAUAGUAUAAUUAUUAUUACUUUGUGCUAUAGAUUUGUUAGCUACAACGGUCCAUGUGUUCAGGGAGAUUUGAUGCUACACCAUAUUAUAGCGUGUUAUAAAAAUAAGCAUAUACAUUCAAAUGUUGUUUAUUGAAAUAAAUUUUAUUUCUGCUUUG